AAUUUUCCAUUUUUUGCUAUUUAAGAAAAGAUUUUUAGUCUUAGCAUAUGAAUUAGCACCUGAAAUCUUGAUUAUUCAGCUGGGGUUUUCAGACAAGCACUUGUUUCAUUUCAUUUGCAGACCAGUUUUUCUGGGAAGCUUAAUCAAGAACAUAUAGAUACAAGGGUGACAAGGGUGGAAUUUGAGGUUGAAUGGCUAUUUUGUCGAGAUUAAAAGAUGAAUUGGAAUGUGGAAAUGAUGGGCUGAAUCAUGUUAAUCAUAGCGUGUCGUGUUUUUAUCAAGAUUUUGGUUUAAAGGAUGGUGUUUUGGAUGAAUGUAAGGGGACUUUGGAGAGGGUGUUUGAUCAAGUGAUUCCGAUAUAUUUGAGGGAGGUUUCGGUUGGGAAGAUUUCUAGACCUUUACCGGCUUUGCUGGGUGAUGGGCAGCCGGUGGAUUUGUUUCGGUUGUUUUGGGUUGUGAAGAAGAAAGGAGGAUUCAAUUCUGUUUCGGAAAGUGGUUUGUGGGGUUCGGUUGCUGAGGAAUGCUUCUUGAGUGCUACGCUAACGGCGUCGCUUAAAAUGUUGUAUCUUAAGUAUUUGAAGGAGUUCGAUGGGUGGUUGCAACAGGUGUUUAGGGGUAAGAUAUCAGAGAAUUAUGUGGUCGAGAUUUUGAAGAAGUUGGAACUGUUAAAGGUGGAAGCAAAGGAGCUUAAGGGUCUGCUAUGGAGUGAUGAGGACAAAAAGAGGGAUGAUGGUGAACUUGGACUUAAUUUUGAUGACAAAACUGGAAGUUCUGUUGAAGUUACUAAUGGCAAGCAUAGAUCACAAUUGUCAGAUGGCAGCAUCUUUAAUAAAGUGCAUCAUAAUAAGAAAUUUUUUUAUGAUGAAACUGAAAGUUGCGUCGAUUUUGGUACUUGCACUAAUGGAUUGCUUUUGUGUAAUGGCUGCGACGACCUAAAUAAAGUGGAUCAUAUUGUAGAAAGUAGUAAUGAUAGUGAGAAAUAUAUGUGCAUACAAAGUGAUGAAAGUAUCAUGUCUUCAGCCAAAUGUACUGAUGAUAAUGCCAUGAGCUCUAAACGGAUAAAAUUGGGAUUAAAGGUCGGAGUAGAUAAAGUGCAAGACAAAGUAGAAGCGAGUAGAAGUGACAAUGACAACAAAGAACUUGCCGGCCAGGAUGAUUAUGAUAUCCUGUGUUUAGCUAGAAGUGUUGUUAAUAAUGUUGUUAGCUCAAUGAAAAGUGAAUUUUGUUCAUUGCCGGAAGUUGACAAUGUCAAAAAUACUUGUGACGAUGAUGAAAAUUUUGAUGACUGCGAUUUAAUUUUAUCGGCUAGAAGAAUUGCUGAUAAAUUUGCUAGUUCUCAGGAUGAGGGAAAGAAUAUGUGGCCUAGCGAAGCUAUCAAUGGAGUGCGUGGAAAUGCAGAAAGCAACAGAGACGACUGUGGAAAAGUGCAGGUUCGAGAGGAUGCCAGUAACGAAUUAUCAAUGCCAAGUGUGGGCAACGAAGUAGCUCUAUCUCGGAAGAGAAAAUGGGAAUCUACAUCUCUGCCAGAAAUGCUAAACUGGAUAACUCAUGCUGCAAAGCAUUCUGAUGAUCCUGCAAUUGGAAAAGUACCCGAUCCUUCCAAGUGGAAUGAUCUUGAAACUGACGAAUGCUGGAUGCAGGCUCUCUUAGCACGUGAGGCUCUCCUGAUAAAGCGACCAACUGCAAACUUUGAAGAAGCUCCCCUGCAGAAGAAGCUUAAGAUGCAUCCUUCAAUGUAUGAAGAUAUAAAUGCCGUCUACCAAUCUGCAGAGAGAGUAAGAUGUAGCAAAAGGAUUCCUUUGUCCAAAUCUCAGUUUUGCCCGUGUUGCAACCAAGGCGCUUCUUCUCAAAGUAAAGUUGCAAGUCCUCGCAAAGCACAAACACAUGACCGCAAAUUAAAAUCAUCUGCAGAAGUUUCAAGCUCACCUGCUUUAGAUGAUUCACAUAAAGAGGUGCCCUAUGAGAGGCAUGUUUCUGUUGGUCCUACUUACCAAGCAGAAGUUCCUAAAUGGACAGGUGCAGUUUCAGUAAGUGAUUCUAAGUGGUUAGGCAAACGGGUGUGGACUCCUGAAGAUGAAAACGAAAAAACCCUCGUAGAGAAGCAUCCUAUUGGCAAGGGAAGAGAAACUUCGUGUGAUUGUUCUCUUCCAGGUUCGUCUUCUUGUGUAGGAUUACACAUUGCCGAGAAGAGAUUGGAGUUGAAGCGAGCUUUGGGUGGGCUGUUCUAUUGUUGGAGGUUUGAUCGCAUGGGUGAGGAGGUUUCACUUUCCUGGACUCCCGAAGAAAAAAAGAGAUUCAAGAAAAUGGUGCUAGAAAAUACAGCCCACAAUAAAUUUUGGAAAAAUGCUUUCAAGCUAUUUCCUUCUAAAACAAGAGAAAAGUUGGUUAGCUAUUACUUCAAUGUCCUUGUUCUCCGGCGUAGAAGUUACCAGAACCGCGUGACACCAAAACACAUAGACAGUGACGAUGAUGAAACUGACUUUGGAUCAGUCGGGGGUAGUGCUUUUCUUGAAGGAUCUAAUUUACCUGAAUGCUCUCUCAGUAUGCAGAACACUGAUUUGGAGUAGCCUCUUGGGCCUUGGCGCUGUUGACUAUAGAUCGACACACACAGUGGUGAUGAAGUUUUUUUUUUUUUUGGUGAAAUAUACAGGAGUUCCUGAGCGGCCCUGCCGCUGUUAAUUAGGUAUUUCAGUAAAGGAAUUUUGGGUUGCUCAUUUAAUGAGCAUUAAAGCAUACAGAUGACUGAAGUUUUUCGGCAUUGUGACUUUUGUUUUUUGCCGUCAGUGGCUUGACAUUUAAGAAUGUUGAGAUGUAUCAUCUCUCAUGCUUUAACAAAGAUUUAGAACUUGCAAAGAGGCUAUCUUACUUUCACUUAAUUACUAUGAUUUCCGUCUUGAAGUUUCAAACCUUUGAUAGGUUUGAUGCUUUGCAGGAAA